AGUGAAAGGAGAACCGUGAAAUGACUCUAUGUCGGCCCGGAGAGAGCUGCAGUUUUUUGUAAUCACACGAGUCGUGCUCCAGAGGAAUGCUUAUCCUGGGCGUCGCGAUUGUCGUGGUGUGGAUCAUAUCGCUUAAAGCUGUCCGUCUUGCAGCACACAUUGUAGGUUCGUUCAAGGACUCCAGCGAUAGCCGCAGGGAUAGCACGCUCACCCCAGCUCUCCGUUAGCAUUCUUGCAGCACUGGGAGGUCACAUCGCAUGGUAGGUUUCCAGUACUGACUGUCAGUGGCUGACCCCUGUGUGACCGCAGCCAUGGAAAAACGGCCCUUUCUCGCAGUGGACAACUAAAGUCAAACACACACGGAGGGGUGGAACAUGCUCAAUACAGAGCGUGGUGUGGUGGAGGAAUGGCUCUCCGAGUUCAAGACAUUACCUGAUGUCCAAAUCCCGCGGUAUGCGGGCAGUCUCCACCUGAAGAGAUCCCUGGUCCCAGCCCUGUACAGGAUCAUCCAGGCUCACCCCAGCAGUGAGCUGUUGGCUCCGGUGUGCCACCAGUUGUUUGAGCUGUACCGCACCACUGAGGACCGCCUGCGCCGCUUCACCCUGCAGUUCCUGCCAGAGCUCAUCAACGUGUACCUCUGCCAUGCCACCAGCAGGGAGCGCUACAACACGGGCUGCAUUGAGGCACUGCUCCUGGGCAUCUACAACUUGGAGAUUGUGGAUAAAGAGGGUAACAGUAAGAUCCUCUCUUUCACCAUCCCCUCCCUUUCAAAGCCUUCCAUCUACCACGAGCCAUCCAGCCUGGGCUCCAUGGCCCUGACGGAGGGAGCCUUGUGCCAGCACGACCUGCUCCGAGUGGUCUACAGCGGCCUCCACCCCCAGAGAGAGACCUUCACCUCCCAGAACAGAUUCGAGGUGCUGUGCUUCCUCAUGCUCUGCUACAACUCGGCCGUGGUCUUCAUGCCCGCGUCCUCCCACCAAUCAGCUUGCAGGAUGAGCUCGAGGCUGUGUGUGUGCGGCUAUCCCCGGCAGCAGCUGAAGGCCUGGAGAGAGCCCUGUCACCGCGUGCGGCUGGACGCAGAGUUCAUGGUGCAGAUGCUGACCGCCGUCUACCACGCCAUCUAUAAUGGGGAAUGGGACCUGGGAUACGAGGCCCUGGAGGACAUUUUGUACCGAGCGCAGCUGGACCUAUACGCCAGGCCUCUACUGCUGGCCAACUCGAUGAAGCGGUCCUUGCCGCCUCAGCCUCCGGACGGGGCCCGGAAGCUUCUGCCGGUGGAGGUGACCCCGACAGGAAGGCGUGUCUCUCAGACGGCGGUGACGGCAGCCUCUAUCCGCCGCCUCCGGUGGAAGAGAGAAGGUACUGAUGCUGAUGGUGUAAGUUGUGGAGAGGACUCCUUUGACCCGGACGAGGGUUUCUCCUCGGGGGCGUCGAGCAGCAGCCAGCCCAGUGUGAAGAAGGACGCGGCGGGCGCCGCCCCCCGUCCGCCCCGGGAGCGCGAGGGCCCGGCGGGGAGGCUGCGCGACCUGGCGUCCGACACCAGGGCGGCGCUGCGGCGCUUCCACCAGCGCCACCAGUCCCCUCCUCCUCCGUCUCCGACCAAGGCCCCGGCGAGCCCCUCCUCCUCCUCCCCGCACGCCCACUCGCCCCGCACCCCGGAGCCCAGCCCUCCGCAGCGCUACCUGGACCCCCGCUACGUGAUGCCGUUCGGGGCGCCGCUCAUCCGGACUGCCAGCACCUCGUCCAGCAAGUCGCUGGACUGCGGCGGCUUCAACGGCUCCACGGGCCCCAGCGCGUCGCUGGGGAGCCUGAGCGCGGCCGACCGCCCCCACUGCCUGUCGGCCAUCAGCCUGCAGGAGGACCGGCUGAGCCGCGGCACCAGGAGUCGGGACCGGCUCUCCCCGGGAAGCCGCUUCUCCUCGGCGAGCCCCCUCUCCAAAGAGUCCCGCUCGCGCUCCUCCAGCUUCAACAUGCAAAUCAUAUCACAAGUGUAGAGGAGCCGAGGACUGUGUUUGGGUGUGUGUGUGUGUGUGUGUGUGUGUGUGUGUGUGUGUGUGUCUGUGUGUGUGUGUGUGUGUGUAUGUUUGUGUUUGUUUGUUUGUUUGUGUGUGUAUGUGUGUGUGUGUGUGUGUGUGUGUGUGUGUGUGUGUGUAUGGCCAUAUAUGUAUGUGGCCAUGUGUGUGCGUGUGUGUGUGUGUGUGUGUGUGUGUGUGUGUGUGUGUGUGUGUGUAUGGACAGGUGCAUGUAUAAUAGCAUGUAUCACUGUGAUCUUUGCUUGUGGUGCGUGUGCAUAUUCGUAUGUGUGGGUGCUUGUUGUGUGCGUAAGUGCAUUUGUGUGAGUGUGUGUAUCUGCGUUCUCUGUGCAUGUGUAUCAGCAUGUUUCGCCGUUUGUUGCGUACGGUCUACUACGCUUUAGGCUAAAACACAAUUAUGCAUCAGCUUAUUUGUGGAGAAAAUGUUUUUUGCUCAAUGUCACCCCCUUGUGGACCUUUGUGGAUGCGCACCUGGAAUGAAAUGAUCUUUUUUUGUGCCAUAAUAUCAUGGUGUUCGGCGUGCAGUUCCUACACCCGCUGUCAUUGCUCCAUGUCUGGACAAUCAGUUGGAAGAGCGACAAUCACGUCAGCCGAGUGACGCGGUUUUGAUUAGGGAGUGGUUGUUGUUACUGUAUAGAAAUCCAAAGAGUCUGUGUUCUACUGCUGAAUGCAUAUUAAGCAAAGCUGCUUCCAGAACCACGGAUAGAGUUCAUACCUGUUGCCUGUGCUGUUGACGUACCAUAGGUUAAUGUAACAGUCAGUCACACUGUUUGAAUGAGAGAGAGAGAGAGAGAGAGAGAGAGAGAGAGAGAGAGAGCGAAAGAAAAUACUUUGUGAUGUCUACAUAUUCUUUCUCACUGAUGCUGUACAUUGGAACAAAUUUAUAUUUUAAAGUGUGUACAUUUGUGUAAAUGAUUAUUGUACAAUAGAAGGACAGAGAAAUGAAAAAAAUCUAUCUAUAAUGCCUGUACAGAGAUGACAUACCUAUUAUUGUUGAAUAAAUAUUGUGCUGUUAAUGGAAA